CCUAAAGGUCUCCCAAAUACAGCUGACCUUUCAAAAUGUUUACCCGUCUUGCAAAGCCAAAUCAUGACAUACGGUCAAUUUUACAGAAAUCAUUUUCUAUAUCAUCACAGGUGAACAAUAAUCACCAACAUCCCCAUCGUCACCAUCCAGUACACCAUCAUCAACAUCCUGUUCACCAUUCACCACAUAAAGUGACAGUACUGGGAGCAGGUGGAGCUGUAGCUCAACCAUUGUCUCUUCUGCUGAAAAGUUCCUCCAAAGUUGGCAGGCUAUGUUUGUACGAUAUAGUUCACUCACCAGGUGUCGCUGCAGACUUAAGUCACAUAGAUACAAGAACUGUUGUUACUGGUUACCUAGGCACUGAACAGCUGGAGCCCUGUCUGACAAAAUCUGAUGUUGUACUAAUAACAGCUGGAAUUCCUAGAAAACCAGGUAUGACUGAGGAUGAACAGUUCAACACAAAUGCAGGAAUUGUCAAAGAUUUAGUGUCUGCCUGUGCAGAGUUCUGUCCAAAAGCAAUGAUCUGUAUCAUUACCAACCCUGUAAAUUCAACAUUGCCACUUGCUGCUGAAGUUUUGAAGAAGAAGGGUGUAUUUGAUGAAAGACGCUUGUUUGGAAUGACAGCAUUAAACUUAUCAAGAGCAAAAACAUUUGUGGCAGAUGCAGUGGGUUGCAAUGUUGCUAAGCUAGUGGUACCAGUUGUGGGAGGAAACAGUGGAAUUACUAUUGUACCUCUAAUAUCACAAAGUAUACCUCCUGUAGAUUUAUCACAGGAAGAAAGAAAGAAAAUAAUACAGAAACUACAGAAUGCGGAUACAGAGAUUAUUGAGACAAAAGCUUCAACUGGUUCAGCAACUUUGUCUAUGGCACAUGCAGCCUCCAAGUUCACACUAUCUUUGCUAGCAGCAAUAGAUGGAGAGGAAGGACAAGUAGAGAAUGCCUAUGUAAAAUCAGAGGAGACCACCUCACCUUACUUGGCAACACCUCUGUUACUAGGAGAUGAAGGAAUAGUAAAGAAUCUUGGUAUGUCUAGUUUGGAUGAGUCUGAGACAGAACUGGUGAAAGCAGCCCUACCUGAAUUAAGCAGACAUAUUCAAAAAGGAAUAGAUUAUGCUAAUAAGUCAUAAUUGAACCAGCUAGACAUAUACUGUUUAGUGUAUCUGAUUUAUCAUGACUAUGCAGUGGUUGUGCCUUAUUGUGCCAUUAUCUGUGAUGAUUUUUCCCAUAAAAUGAUUAGGUUCACGUAUAUAUUAUAUUAUUUUAGUUAUAUAUAAGAGACAGUUAUUCAAUUUUACAAAUUAACUGAAUUAGCAAUAAUAAUAAGAAUGGAUAAAAAAAAUUAGUAUCAGUAGUCACCAGCAUCUGGUGGCCAUAAUUAUAAACAUGAUGAAUGUUGACUGGGCUAGCAAAGCAGUAGGUCUGGUAAGGACUGAUUUUGGCCUCAAAUUUCAGGUUCGUCUGACGAAAGAUUUUGGACACUUUUUAAACACUUAAGUGUCUAUUUCAGUUGAUUCAAUUAAUUUAUUUAAAAGAUUUUAACUGAGGUACUCAUUUAAAACACUCCAAUUCAAGAUUAAUUAUGAAAAAUCUAUCAAAUAUGCCAAAAAAUGUCACUUUUCAUAUGGUUUUUGUCAAAAAUGGAAGUGGCCCCAUCCUUGUUCAUCCUCAACCUUUAUACAUGAGCUACAUCAAAUAAAAAUCAACCUUAUGCAAACAAAAAUCAGUACCUUUGUUGAAUUAUUUUGGGUUGAAAUAAUUUCUAUGGAAAGUCUGUAAUUAUUCCAAAAGUAUAAAAAUAAAUAAAACCAACCAACAGGCAUUUUAUUUAUUCCAAAAUUGAUUAAAGUCUUAAUAAUAAUAAUACUUUAUUCAGAAGCAAUACAGCUUAAAACAUGUAUCUGUGUACAUGUACUUGCAUAAGGUCGAUUUCUAUCCGACACAGCUCAUAUGCAGAAACAUUUUUCUUUCUAAUAAAUAACUAAAAGUUUUCAUUUUAGCAAUUUUGUAAAACUGCUAUAUUUUUGGGCCAAAAAGGGGUCUUACUGGAUCUAUUCCUUUUCUGGAGCAAAAUUUUAAACUGAGAUUUUUGGUUCACUUUAUAAAGCAGGUAAACAAAGGAGUAGGUUCAGUAAGACCCCUUUUUGGCCCCAAAAUAUAGCAGUUUUAGAAAAUUGUGAAAAUGUUAUUGUUUCGAUAUUUAUUGAAAAGUAGAAUGCUUCUGCUACAUAAAUAUGAGCUGUUUUUGACAAUACAAUGCACAUUUAUCAGGUACUAGCAUCAUUGAGUCAUGCUAAAUUACUGAAAUCUUCACAAUUGUAGCAUUUUUGUUAAAUUUUAUACGGUUUCCGUCUUAAAUGAAAGUGGCCGCAUUCGUGUUCAUUCAUAAUAUUGAAAUGUAAGUUGUAUUUGAUGAUAAUACAUAAUAUAUAUAAAGAUUGAGCAUGAACACG